AUGAUGAUGAUCAAUAGAAUAUAUAGCUGUCAAAGAAACACACAAAGAUCGAUGACUUGGCCCAAACGGAUUCCUAUAAUUAGUUGGACUUCCAAGCUAAAACCUCCAGUACCGAAAGUGAUCACCUUCGAUGCCUACAACACUCUUUACUCGACAACUUUACCGGUAAUGGAACAGUAUGGUUUAGUGGGCAAAAAGUAUGGUAUUGAAGCAGAUCCACAGCAAUUGACUCAAAAUUUUGUAACGGUAUUCAAAGAAUUGAAAUCACAGCACCCAAAUUAUGGCAAGACUACUAGAAUUUCUGCAAACGACUGGUGGUGUCUAUUGAUCCAAGGCGUUUUCCAACCUUUGAGCCCACCAAGAGAGAUGGUUGAUGAAAUUCUAACCAGAUUCGAGGGAUCUGGGGCCUACGAAGUACUACCAGAUGUCAAAUCGUUUCUACAAAAGGUUAAAUCUCAAUACCCAGAUGUCAUCAUGGGUAUAGUAAGCAAUACUGAUCCUGUUAUGUAUACUCUGCUGAAGAACAUUGGACUCUAUGAGUACUUCCAAGGUCACAUCUACUUAUCCUACGACUUGGAAGUUAAGAAACCUGGAAAGGAGAUAUUUGAGAGAGCUCUCGAGGAUAUUGUUAGCAAGAAUCCAGAAUUGAAGCGUAUCUCCAACUUGGCAUCGAGAUGUUGGCACAUCGGCGAUGAAGAAGUUAAUGAUAUGUUAGCUGCAUCAAAUGUUGGAUGGAAUGGUAUACUUUUGGAUAGGGUUAACAAGUAUGGAUACUUAUCAGAAUCAUUCGAUAAAGUACAAAGAACUGAACACCAUCUUUCCAUAGAUAAGAUCGACGGUAACUCUGAAGAAGUUUACCGACAAAGUAUUUCACAAACUGACAUCGUACAGGCGAGUGAAAGAACUUUUAUAGCUUCAAAUUUUGAGUCCUUGAAAAGGAUGUUGUUAUAG